CAUUAAGGCAACUGACUUUCCAUAAUGUUUGGUGGCUAUGAGACUAUAGAAGCAUUUGAAGAUGAUCUUUAUCGUGAUGAUUCAUCUAGUGAACUGAGUGUUGAUAGUGAGGUGGAAUUUCAGCUCUACAGCCAAGUCCAUUAUGCCCAGAGUAUACAUAAUGCCAACAAGGAGGAAGGAUAUGAGGAAAAGAACUGUGAGAAUUCGGAAACAGUGAGUAGUCAACCAAAUCAGAAGAACUUAAUCGUCCUUUCAGAUAGUGAGGUCAUCCAGCUAUCUGAUACAUCAGAGGUCAUCACAUUAUCUGAUGAAGAUAGUAUUUAUAGAUGUAAAAGAAAAAAUAUUGAAGUCCAAGCGGAAGAAAAGACCCAGAGCCCUGCUACUUCUCAUUCUAAUAAAGUGGCUCAGAAAUGCAAGAGGAAUAAUAAGAAGCCUAAACCUGAAGAGAGGCCAGGUGUGAUCCGAGAGGUCAUGAUCAUAGAGGUCAGUUCAAAUGAGGAGGAAGAAAGUACCACUUCAGAGAACGAAAAUGUGGAAAGCUGGAUGCUCCUGGGGUCUGAGGAAGAUGGUAAAGACAAUGACAUCCUUCUCAACUUGGUGGGGUGUGAGACCGCUGGUGCUGAAGGUUAGUGUCGUAUUGACUGUUUUGAAAAGUACUAACAUCUUUAUUAAAGGAGGACUACUUUUCCUAGAUAAAAGACCAGUAGGGUCUCAUCUAUUUAAUUUCAUUUUUUGGUUUUAUUUACAUGAGACUCACUAGCUUAGUGGUUCUUUUUCUGAACAUGAUAAAGAAUAUAUUAAAGUGUCGAAGAAACUGCUUCUAUAAGCAAAUUUUUAGCGUUUCUUCUUAUUUGGCUCAAGUCAUUCUAGAUGGAAAUCUUCGUUCUUUUCUGUCUGCGAACACAGAUGAUGUAAAUUGGUUCAUCAGUGACAAAGACAUCGAGGCCAAGAUAGAUAAUAACAGAUCAUCUGGAAGGUGGAACAACCGAUACUAUUCAGUCAACAAAAAUGUCACCUGUAGAAAUUGUGAUAAACGUGGCCAUUUGUCAAAAAACUGCCCCUUACCACAAAAAGUCCGGGCCUGCUGCCUCUGCUCAGAGAGAGGACAUCUCCAGUAUGGCUGUCCAGCCCGUUACUGCUUAGACUGCUCUUUGCCCAUGUCUUCCAACCACAGAUGUUUUGAAAGAUUGUCCUGGAGAAAACGAUGUGACCGAUGUGAUAUGAUAGGCCACCAUGCUGACGCUUGCCCAGAAAUCUGGAGGCAGUAUCACCUAACGACCAAACCUGGACCACCAAAAAAGCCAAAGACCCCUUCUGGACAAUCAGCGUUAGUGUAUUGCUACAACUGUGCACAGAAAGGCCAUUAUGGACAUGAAUGUACAGAGAGACGAAUGUUUAACCAGACGUUUCCAACAUCUCCAUUCAUAUAUUGCUAUGAUGGCAAAUAUGACAUCCAGCAAAGGGAUCGGAGAAUAAAGCGAAAAGUCAAAGAUCUCAAGAAAAAUGGAGACUUUCCAAGGCAGUUCAAAAGACCACAUGUAGAAGAGACAGAUAAGAGGCGCCACCACGAUAUGAGAAAAAGCCGUUCCCCAAGAAAAUACAGGAGGUGGCCUCGAGAAAAUAAAGAAACACAGAAAGAAAAGACCAGGAGUAGAGAAGGCAAGACGCACAGGAGGGGUCACCAGCCUCGGGGUGAGGAUGAAGACUUCCCCAGGGGCUCAAAACCCAACGCCUCUGGCUGCGCUAACAACCAGAAGCCUUCUAAGUCCCUCCACCAUGCAUCCCAUUACCACAGGCUGAGAGAAGAGCGGCUUCUCAGGGAGAGCAAGCGGAGCAAGCCAAAGAAAAGGAAGAGUACAGAGGACGGCAGCCAUGAUGAUUUGUUUCUUAUUAAGCAAAAGAAGAAGAAGCCUAAGCCGAGUGGUCUCUGACCUGGUCUCCGCGCUUCAGUGUCCUGGAAGUGCUUAAGUACCUGUUAAUGAGACGCUGGGAUUGAAUGCUGAGUUCCGGCCAUGCCUGGAGUGGCUGUACAGAGACCACAAAGAGUUCAGGUCUGUGUCCACAGGCUGUUCCUAGGUAGGAAGGCAAACUUGAGGUAGAAAAUUGUCUUUUCAUGAAAACCUUUUUAAAUGCUUUGGAAAAAUUACAAGCUCAUCAGAUGAUUUUAUCUCCAAUGUUUGAGGACUUAAAAGCUCAUUGGAAGAAAGUUUAUUGUUAAGAAAAGUCAUCACUUUUUUAGCUUUUUUUUUAAGAACACUGGAAAAAUCAAUGAAAAUCCAAGCCCGGCUUUGCUUGCAUCAGAGGCUGUUGGAAUCUCUCUCUGUACAGAACAGCAUGUAAAAUGAAGCUGUCACCAUUGAAUUCUGGAGGAGGUGGAGGAGAGGACAUAGCAAAUACACAAACAAAAUGUGCGCAGUGUGGGCUUGCAGGACGGAGGUGUGAAAGGCAUCCUCAAACUUGAGUGCAAUGGCAGGGACAUUUUGUUCGCACUGUUAACAGCCAUAGUUCAAGAGACAGGGAUACAUACCAUCAACCUAACUUGUCCUCGUGGAUCCUUUUAAACACUUCAACGCUCUUUAGAAUCUUUUGUACUUGUGAGCCUUUUUUACCCUUGUGAAAGCCUAAUGUUAGAAUAAGAAAAAUAAAAUGCCUGAAACCAUGUGUAAA